AUGUCUCCAGGGCGAGACAUGAGACCGAGCGCGCAGUCUCCCUCCAAGACAUCCCAGACCCUGGGAAUAUUCUCCCAUCUACACGACCUCAUUGGCCUCCACUUGGGCGGGCAGAUUGCCACACAACUGGCAACGCCAGAAGCAAAGCUGACCGGACACAGACCGUGGGACGAUGAGCUACGACUUCAGACGCAGGGCAGAGACAAUAUGCAGUGGCUAGCGCCGCGGCUCACGGACGUCGACCAGGGUGGCCCUUGGCGGGAAGCCCUCGAGAUGGCAGAGAUGGCAGAGAUGGCAGAGAUGGCAGAGAUGGCAGAGAUGGCAGAGAUGGCAGAGAUGGCAGAGAUGGCAGAGAUGCGCCGCAGCCUGACAGCUCCGUGA